AUAAUUAUAAUUUAUAAUAAAUUCCAAGGUAGUUAGCUAAAUAGCAAUAAAAACGUCGCCAUAAAAUAUAAAAAUAAUAACUGCAGUGAAAAAUUUGCCAUUAAAAUAAUAGAAAACUAAUAAUUAAUCAUAAAUUAGUAAAUAAAAUUUAACGGUAAUUCAAUGUAAAAAUAAUAAUAAAAUACAGAAGAUUAAAAACAAUAAGAAAUAGUGCGAAAAAUAUUUUAAAUUAUUUCAAAUUAAAAUCAAAUAGGCGACCAUUUUUAAUUAAUUAAAAUUAAUUAAUAACUGAUAUUAAAACAAAAGUGAAUUUGAAAGUAUUAGUUAAUUAAAAGUCUUACAAAAAUUAGUAAACUUAAAAAUUUAGCUAUAAUAAUUAAUGCAUAUUAUAAUUGCUAAAGAAAUUAAUCCAGCGUAACGUCAGCCGCCCAUAAGUUACACGCCGCUGCUUAGUAAAAAACAAAAAGUUGUAAUAAAAUCUAACAAAUAAUUAGUCCAAAUCCAUAUACUUCCCUAUGAAUGCGUCAUUAUUAUAACAAAUGUUAAAAUAUCUAAUUAAAGCUAUUACAAUUAGAGUAAAAUCCAUAAAUGUUAGCUAAUAUUGAGCUGAAACAAAUACACAAUUCAGCAAAGAGAUUGUGCGCACUAAGAGUUCAUAAAUACAGAAGCGGUUACUUGCCACGAAACGGUUACUUAAGAUAGAUAUGGAAAAAAUAUGAAUAACAGUCACAAUAAAUUAAAAGUAACGAUUAAUUAUUAAAAACCGAUUACUCACAAAACCGGUUAACCACUUGAAAAACCGAAUACUAACAAUUCAAAUAUUUUAAAGCGUCGUGCAACAAAGAAAAUUAAAAUAAAAAUGCAAUAAGCUUAACGAAAAACCGGUUACUUGAACCGCAUACCCAUUAGAAAUAAAGCUGUUAUAAAAUAUGAAGCUAUAAUAAAAAUUGAAAAAUUUUCAAAAGUGGCCAAAUUAGUUAACCGCGUUGAAAAAGCUACUUCCAUAUUAAAUUAAAUUCUUAUAAACACACUUUAACUGAACCGGUUACUCGCCGCAAUGUCGUGUACGCAACAAAAAAUUUUCACGCGUUCGUACGCGUUCACGCCACCAGCGACAAUGGUGGAACGCUGGUGACUACCAGCAGUAUUUGUGCUGCAUGAAUGUGGAAUUACUGUUACUGCUCCAACAACAACUAUUUACUACUCAAUGCUAAGCUAAGCUCUCUCGACAAAAAGCAAAAUAAGAUAGAAGUAAAUUAAGUUUUAAAGUGAAAUCAGCGCGUACGCGAGUGUUUGUGUUUUAUUUAUUUUAAAAUUCAUUUUCGUCUUACGUUUUCAACACAACUCAACGCUCAAUUCAACUCGACGGUGUUUCGACGCGACAUCAUUAAAGCACUGAGACGCUGAGUGACGCGUUGACGUGCUGGUUGUGCCACUACCACCACUACCACCAAUUUUCAGGUUGUUUGUUGUGUACUUUGCUAUUCUCUACGUACAACAACAACAGCCGGCAAAAUGACGAUGUGGCAGAGUGGCGGCAUGGGAGGCCAUGGCUCCCAAAAUAAUCCAUGGAUGAAAUUAAUGGGCAUCGUACACAAGGAGCGACGACACGCGGACAAUGUACAAUCGCAGAGCGGCUCCAACGAACGGAAUCUAAAUCAGUCUUUACCCAAAUUAAGCAGUCAAGACGAAGAAGGGGGGGCAGGUCAUGGGUAUGGUGGGGGGCCACAACACUUUGAACCCAUUCCUCAUGAUCAUGAUUUUUGCGAAAGAGUCGUUAUAAAUGUAAGCGGGUUAAGGUUCGAAACACAAUUACGAACGUUAAAUCAAUUUCCGGACACACUGCUGGGGGAUCCAGCUCGGCGAUUACGGUACUUUGACCCGCUUAGAAAUGAAUAUUUUUUUGACCGUAGUCGGCCGAGCUUCGAUGCAAUUUUAUACUAUUAUCAAAGUGGUGGUCGACUGCGGAGACCGGUCAAUGUCCCUUUAGACGUAUUUAGUGAAGAAAUAAAAUUUUAUGAAUUAGGUGAUCAAGCAAUUAAUAAAUUCAGAGAGGAUGAAGGCUUUAUUAAAGAAGAAGAAAGACCAUUGCCGGAUAAUGAGAAUCAAAGAAAAGUCUGGUUACUUUUCGAGUAUCCGGAGAGUUCGCAAGCCGCCAGAGUUGUAGCCAUAAUUAGUGUAUUUGUUAUAUUGCUAUCAAUUGUUAUAUUUUGUCUAGAAACAUUACCCGAAUUUAAGCAUUACAAGGUGUUCAAUACAACAACAAAUGGCACAAAAAUCGAGGAAGACGAGGUGCCUGACAUCACAGAUCCUUUCUUCCUUAUAGAAACGUUAUGUAUUAUUUGGUUUACAUUUGAACUCACAGUCAGGUUCCUCGCAUGUCCGAAUAAGUUACAUUUCUGCAGGGAUGUCAUGAAUGUUAUCGACAUAAUCGCCAUCAUUCCGUAUUUUAUAACAUUGGCGACCGUCGUCGCCGAAGAGGAGGAUACGUUAAAUCUUCCAAAAGCGCCAGUCAGUCCACAGGACAAGUCAUCGAAUCAGGCUAUGUCCUUGGCAAUAUUACGAGUGAUACGAUUAGUUCGAGUAUUUCGAAUAUUUAAGUUAUCUAGGCAUUCGAAGGGUUUACAAAUUUUAGGACGAACUCUGAAAGCCUCAAUGCGGGAAUUAGGUUUACUUAUAUUUUUCUUAUUUAUAGGCGUUGUACUCUUCUCAUCGGCGGUUUAUUUUGCGGAAGCUGGAAGCGAAAAUUCCUUCUUCAAGUCCAUACCCGAUGCAUUUUGGUGGGCUGUCGUUACCAUGACAACCGUUGGAUAUGGUGACAUGACACCCGUCGGUGUUUGGGGUAAAAUCGUGGGAUCACUGUGUGCCAUUGCUGGUGUCUUGACAAUCGCUCUCCCGGUACCAGUUAUCGUCAGUAAUUUCAAUUACUUCUAUCACCGCGAAACGGAUCAAGAGGAGAUGCAGAGCCAAAACUUUAAUCACGUUACUAGUUGUCCAUAUUUACCAGGUACAUUAGUAGGUCAACAUUUAAAGAAAUCAUCGUUAUCUGAAUCCUCAUCGGAUAUGAUGGAUUUGGAUGAUGGUGUUGAAUCAACGCCAGGAUUGAGUGAAAUGCAUCCUGGUCGUGCGGUGGCUCCAUUUUUAGGAGCACAACAACAAUUGAUGGAAAAGCAGCAACAACUACAGCAGCAACAGCAGCAGCAGUUACAACAACAGCAAGCGUCCAUGCAGCAAGCGUCGCCGCAGCAGCAUCAACAGCAGCAACAACAAACGCUGCAACUGCAGCAGCAACAACAAAAUGGUUAUAAGCAAUCCGCAACAAGCGUCACUGGUGGCAAUAACCUAACGACAACAACAACAACGCUAAGGCAUAAUAAUGCCCUGGCCGUUAGUAUCGAAACCGACGUUUGACUACUGGUAAAAAAGACGAUACGUGCUCUAAUUUGGCCUUGUGAAAUGUUACGUUGGAUGCCAGAAACGACUACAAAAGCUGUUUAAUUAAAUUUAAGUAGACAAAUAAUUAAAUUAAUUCAAAUUGAAACUAACAAAAACCAAAAAUUAAGCAAGCAAAAAAUAAUAAUUAAAAUAAAACAAAAAUUUAACUUACACUAAACAAACAAACAAAAUAUGGAAAGCAAAGCAAACAAAAAAAACAUUUAACUAAAACCAAACCAAAAAAAAACAUGAAUUCAAAAACAGAAAACUGCAAAAAACAUCGAAAAUAUCAGAAAAUUGUAAACAAAACUCACACACACACAUAGUUACACACACACCCACACAAGCAAACAAGCCAACAACAACAAAUUUAAAUAGAGACAUGCGCAGCAGUCUAAGCAGUUACUAGGCGUUUAGUUAAAUGCAGCUUCAAUUCAACGUCGUGCAAAUCAGACACCAAUUUCAAUGGGGACUAGUGUAAAUAAUAGAUUGUUUAGUAGCGACAACAAAAACAAAUUAAAUGAAAUUUCGGCAAUGCAAAGGGCAGGCAUGCAUAUGUAUUAUAUUCAUAUAUGAAUAUGUAAAUGUAUAGAACACGGAAAAGACUGCUAACGCAAGCAUACGCAUUAUGUAAGAAAGUAGCGAAGAUUGUAGGAAGCAACAUAUGUGAAAACACUUGCUCUCACAAACACACACACACACAAAAUAUUGUUUUGAAACUGCUGCAACUUGCAGACUCUCUUGAAAUUGUAUGGAUUUAUGUAACGAAAAAUUAAUUUUCGAAGAUUUCGUGGAAAACAUAUUACUUGCCCUUUAUGCUGUGCGAUCAGCAAAUAAUUUGUUUAAAAUAUUUCAAUUAACCCUUGAGUGACUGAAACCCAUAUUUAAAGUGUUUAAAAAUAAAUUAAAUUAAAAAUCUAACCUUUGUCAAAUUGAAAUGCUCAAUUAUUUUUAGCGACAAUUUUUAAUACUAAUUACUUUAAAUUAACCCUUUUAAACAGGUUUAGAUAUUUUAAACAGGUUUAGAUAUUUUAACCCUUGUGAGUAGAUAAAAAAUAUAUUUUAUAAAAAUGAUUCAGCGAAAUUAUUUGGUAAAUUAACCCUUCAACAACCAACUACUUUUAAAAGGCUUAACAUUUUAACCCUUAAGGACAGAAAAGAAUAUUUUUUUUAAGAUUAUUUACUGUCAGUCAAUUUUUUUAAAAACUAAGUUCGUUAAAUGAACCCUUAAGCAAUUGACUUAAAUAUUUUAACCUUGUAAAUAGAAAAAAAAUUAUUAAAAUAACAGCCGCUGUAAAAUUUUUAAACUAUUUUAAAAUGUUUUAAUGGAAAAUUAACCCUUAUACGAACACCAUUCUUUAAGAAAAUAUUCGAUAUUCCUAAUUUUGAAAUUAAGUUAAAAAUUGUAUCGUCAUAAAAAUUUCGCAAAUGUUAUUAACCCUUAAGAAGUCAAUAAAUAAAUAAAUAUAUUUAUUAGCUUCAGCAUAAUGAGAUGUGAGAGUAAAGUAAGGGUUAAACAUCUUUUCGUGCAUUAAAAUUUUUUUUUUCAUUAUUAUGAGAUUAAAAAACUCCAAAAAUGGACGGUAAAAGUUUGCCAGUCUUGUUUUAAUUUCAAAGUACUUUUAAAUUUUGCCAUAAUUUAAUAGAAAAGAUCGACAUAAAACCUUUCAAUAUACCAUACUAUAACGAAGCGCGUAAGAUUACAAUGUUUCAGAAACGCAAAAAAACUUUAAAUAAUGGGAAAAUAAAUACAGACAUUUUUUUAUUUCAAACUACUAAAUACUCAACAAAAAAAACACAACAACAAAUUUUCACAACAACUCAAACCUACUCCAAGCAAACAAGUACUCACAUGUAUAAAAAACCAGAAAGUCUUGUCAAAGCAACUAAAACUUAAAAAUAAUUACAAAUUCUUAAAUUUUUAAUUUUGAAAUAAUUUCAUUUUUAACACUAUAUUCUUGGCUAAACAGAAAGCUUCGCUUUCGCGCGCUCAAUGAGCUUUAUCGCCUACAUACUACAAUACAAGUACUACUAUUGCAAAUAACUCAUUUUUUUUUUAAAUAAUGUAAAUCCCUUAAGAAAUAAACUGCCGUUAAUAGAUAAAUUACUAGGGUAUCAAAGUAAGAUAUAGCAAAAUACAAAAGCAAAAAAAAAACAAAGAAAUAAAAAACAAAAACAAAUUAUAUAUAUGUACAUAUAUAAAAAUAAAAAGCAAGCCAUUAAUAACAUAUGCAUAACUUACUCUAACUUAAACCGAAAAGCAAAUUCUAAACACACACACACUCACACACAAACUUUAAACAGUAAUAAAUGAAUAUUGUAAAAUACUAUAAAUUAUGCAAAACACUGACAACAGAAAACUAUAACAAAAACAACAAUGGAAAAACAAAUCGCUGAUUUAGUAGGCAGAUUUUAAUAAACAGUGAAAAAUAUCGAACAAAUACAGAUGAUACAUACAUACAAUACGAGUACAUAUGUAAAACAUUGUAGGAAAACUUCAGGCUUUUCAAUGAAAUAACAAUCACCCACCCACUGCAUACACUGAUACCACCCACGAAAUCCUGAAACAAACAAAAAUACAAAUUUAGCAGAACUUGUUUAGAGGAAUUCAAUUAGUAGAUGAAGUUCGAGAUAAAUUUUCCGACAGUUAUUUUAAGCAACGUAAGCAACGGUAGUGUAAAACUGGCGAAAACUUAAAUUGAGAUUUGGAAAUUCGUAGAUAGUGGCUUUUGUUUUUGGUCUUUCCGAUAGCUAUGUACUGAACCUAUUGCGUCUUGAGAUUAAGCCAUAUCCAUAAGUGAAAAUAUCCAAUAACAUUGUGGACUUAAUAAACUUUGAGUAUAAACUCUUUGUCUACGAUUUAUUACGAAAGUUUCUUAUCAAAUUCGUAGGCCACAUCAUUCGUCUUAUUAAAACUAAAUGAUCAAAUUUCCAGAUUAUACUCGAUAGGAAAGUAUCUACAUAAAGGUAUAAAAAUUUUUGCGAUCCGCAAAGUCAUAAGAACUAAUUUUAUGUCUAAUCAUUAUGCCGAGUAUAUCUCUACUCUCUCUUGGAAAUUUGGGCAGAAGAGAUGAAAUUAUUUCACAAAAUAAAUUUCAAAUUAAACUCUGAAUUCAUACCACAACUUCCGUUACUAAAUGUCUAUUGGAUGUCUUGAGAAAACACGAAUUCCUAGUGGGAUCUCUGACUAUAAUUAAAGUUCUGAAUGUUCCCUAUAUACAUAUGUACAUAUCAAUUGCUUCUAUUUGUAGAGUGGAGAUUCGCCUAAAAAUACACUGUGAGAGUCUAGUCAAAUAUCUAGUAUAUCAUAUAUAAGGAAAUCUUCUGAGUACUAUUAGUCCGAAAUCGCCGAAAAGAUUUUAUCUUAGCACCAUUUUCAGAAGAUGUUAAAUUAGAAGGAAUUCUCAAAUAGUAAAAUAUGUUGUGUUCCUGCAUUAGAUCAGUGAUAUACAGAAUCAUAUUUAGUUCUACAUUAAGAUGACUUGAUUUAAGAUCUUAUAAAGAAGUGAUCAAAUAGUAAAAUCUCUUUGAUUCUUGAUCUUGAGAUCGAUGAUCUACAUAUACACAUUUAGUUCUAUAUUAAGAUCUAUAUUGAGUUCUCUCUAUGAGGAGUGUGAAGAUCUUAAGAUUUUACGAAGUGGCUAUUUCAGUUACACUAAUCUUGGGAGAGAUACGAUCCUUAGGAAACCACAUACAAUGACUAAAAAUACCAUGUCAGUUCCACUACGUUGCUUACAAAUACCAUUAUAAUGAGAACUAGAGUUAUUAUCUUUUUAAAUAACUGUUUUUAUGAAAUUAAUUUGGAAAACAGUUAGAACUUGACACUCUUUAACCCCACGAUGAAAAUAAAUGAUAAAAGUACAAAAUGGAAAAAAGGUGUAAAAUUCAUGUGUCAGCAACCCAAACGAAAAAAACAUAGAAACAAACAAAUCAACUGCAAGAUAUGUAUAAACAAUUACAAAAUAUAUAAAUAGAGUUUAACAAACAAAACAAACGAACCGUUAACCGCUCUUAUGAUCGUCUACACACAUACAUACAUACUUACAAAUUUAAUGCUAAAAAUAAAUAAAAAAUUACAAACUAUUACAGCAACUACAAGGCGGCAUAAUUAACAUAGCAGUGUGUGUGCUUUAAUUAUAACAAUUAUUAAUUUUCAAAUACGUUGAAUAUUUAUUUAAAAGCUUAACACUAAUGCCAGCAAGCUUUUUCCAACAUGCCACAAUAAAGCUAAAAUUUUCUCUUGCUUGCCGCUCACUUAGCCACAAUUUGUGUACAAACAUACAUACAAAUGUCUACUUUUAUUUUUUUCCAGCAGAUUUUUCGUCACAAUUUGACUCAUCAAAUCACCCGCAACAGAGCAACAACAAUUUAUAUAUACGAGUAUAUAUACAAGCAUAAACACACAUAUACACACACACUCACACACAAAAAUGAUGACUGAAAAUAUGCAAUUUUUUUAAGUUGCACUAUUUGUAAAUUAAAUAUCAAAAUGUUAUUGUGUACAUAGGAGAAAAACCAAAAACCAUAAAAAAUAGCUAAAAAAAUAAAUAAAUAAAUAAUUACAUACAAAAACAAAAAAAAACUACCAAAGAUAUGUAUUAAAAAAAAAAAAUUAAAAUAAAAUUAAGUUUAAAUAUAUGUAAAUAUUAAAUUUAAUGCAUAAAAAAUAUAUAAAGACAAAUUAUUGCUAAUAAUAAUUAAAAAAAUAAAUAAAUUCAAUAACUACAAUAAAUUAAUUUAAUGCAUAAAUGUAUGUAAAAGUAAAAUGUAAAUUCAACAGCUUUGAAUACCGUCCACGCACUCAUACACAUAUAGCAAAACACACAAAUACGCCAACAACAACUACAACAACAAACCAACAGACUAUUUCGCUUGACACUUAAGAGGCCUAUGCACCUCUAACUCCUAUGAAAAACUAAAAUAAAUAUACAGAAACUUUGAAAAAACAAACUUUUUACUCAAACACGCAGUAGCUUGCACAGCAGUUUCUUCAUUUUUUUUUAAUUUUUUUAUUUGAAAAUUUUCGUAAAGUUCACACACAUAAACCUAAAUGACGCUUUGUAGUUCGCUCAUGUGGAAAAUAUUAUGCCUACGAGUGUUUUAUUGAACGAGUAACGGUUAUUCUGCUGCUGAAGUAGAGUUGAUUUCACAAAGCUCACGUGCACUUGUGCUUUUUUUCUUAGAAGUUGCAAUUCAAAAUUGUUUUUUUUUAUUACUGAUCUUUUUAAAGUAAAUCAAAUAGAUCGUUUAGAAAAUAUUGAGCCAUCAACAUACAUAUAUAGAAACUCUGAAAUUUUCAAAUAAUCUUCGGCUAUUGUUUAUUAUUGAUGUUGAUAAUUCUCAGGUUCCUCUGGAUUUUUUAACCUUUAAACAAUUUUUUUUUAAUCUCAAUCUGACGAAAAUCAAUAAAAAUAUUCGGCUGGUGGAUAUAUCUUAAUCAACUCUUGAACCCAUCUACUACAAAUAGUUUGAAUAUAAUUCCCGUCCAAUCUUGUGGAUCUUAUCCCAUUUGAUAUCCUCUGUAGCUUUUAAUUAUAAAUGUUGUAUCAAGCUUCUCAAAAAAUCCCAUAUCUCAUGGAAGACAGCUUCAUGCUUCUAGGAACACAUGUCAAUAGACAAGAUAAACUCAGCAAACUAUCUAGAAUUAUGAAAAUCCUUUGAUAUAGUGAAAUGAUUUUCGAAAUAGUUUUCUCUAUAACAAAAGCUUGAAAAAUUGAGAGUGGACUUCUGACAUGUUUUCGCUUAUAGGUUUAUAUAUCAGAAAACGGAUACUUUCACGAUUCGGAUCAUCAUGAAAAUAUGACUAGAAGAAUUUUCCUGAUUUACGGAUCUACAGAGCAUCUACUUUUAUCUAAAUUUUUUUUGCGUCAUAAAGCUCUGAGUUCGUAACUCACACAUCUCAAAUUGUGAAAGCUUUUUUGUCCCUUAGAUUACAUAUGUACAUA